UUUUUUUAGUAUUUUCUGUUUAUUUUUUAAACAUUUUUAUUUCUAAUUGUUAAUUCUAAAUUCAAAAUUUUACAUUGUAGAUGUAAAUUGAUUGGAGGAUGCAGGAUUAAGACAUGGAAUAUAUUUUUUCUGUUUUAAAAGUUUGAUAGUGCUUAAGAAGAGAAUUAAAAACUUUUACUCAAUACCAUUAUUUUAAUAACUUUCUACUGAAUAUAUAUCUUAAAAAUUGGACAAUUUCAGGGAUCUGAAACAAUUUUUAUUCAUUCAAGAUAUAAAUCAAAGCUGAUUAACUUUGAUAUGAAUAGAGAAAAUGUUCUCAAAAAAGGCGUAAAAACACAUCGUUAGGAAAUUAAAAUACCAAGUCAGAAAAAUACCAGUGUAACUUUAUAAUACUAUUCCAAAGGAGACUUUAAAAAGACAAUAAAAUUGAACAAUGAAGAAAGUGAUAGUUCCAUCAGUUGAGGAUGUUCCAACGUCUGGAUUUUUUACUCGUUUCUUGAUAUACACGGCUGUCGUGUCUUUUAUUGCAUUAGUAAAAUGGCUGAUGGAUGAUGUGAAGUUGUUUGAACACCAGAGAGCUAUACAGUUAGAUGCUGUGAAGUCAAUGCAGAAAUCCAAGAUGAAACAUGACCAUAAAUAUAAACUUACAGAAACCAUGGUGAAUGAUAUAUUCAGGGUAUUAGAGGAGUCGAAAAACAACUUGACAGAAUAUGGCUUUGUGCCUGGAGAUCCCUUUCCUGAAAAUGAGACAAUCAGAGAUGCCAUGUCAAAUGUAUUUGAGAACACAGCGAUGUUUGGGGACCUGACACUACGGCUUCCUGAUAUAACCCAUGAUAUAUACGACAAAAAUAAACAUUGGGAGUUUCUCAUUGGUUGGGCCGUCUGGUUUUCUAUGGAAUCUGGAGUAUUCCAGGGACCAAAUGAACAAUUACUAUCAUUAAUGUCAAUGGAGCUAGGUUUAAUGCCAAAAGAUGAAAAUUUUGUAAAUCCAUAUCAGGAGAUGGAAUUUUUAAAGGAGAUGGAAGAAGCAGAAAGAGAGAUGGAAGAAAAGAAAAACAAAGAAAAGACAGAAAAAGGAAAGAAGAAACCACAGAAUGUAAAGCCAAAAAGAAAAGGUCCAAAACUUAGUGGUGGACAUCAUUCAGAAUUAUGAAAGGAACUUUUGGUUACUGUUUAAUCCCUCUUUUAUGUAACAAGUUUUUUUCCAGAUUUCAGUUGAAAUAUAAGACAAGUCCAUUUAGUUUAUACAUAAUUUAAAAAUUCUGGCGUCCAAAAUUGCAGAAAUUUGCAAUAGUAAAUACCCCAAUGAAACUGUUUCUUACAGUAACUUCAAACAGAAUUAUGAAAAAAAAAUCGAAGGUCAUCAUGCUUGUUCCAGAGUUAUCUGCCCUUGAAUAUGCAAGUUUGAAGAAAAAUCCAGUUUUAAGGGCAGAUAACUCCUAAACAAGCACUGUGACCUAUGAUUGUUUUUGCAUUUUUUCUGUUUCUAACAUGAAACUGUGUUCAUAUACAAAGUUUGAACAAUUUCUAUUAUUGGGAAAUUUUUGCCCCAUCUCUCAUACAAGAAACUGCAGCAAGUGUCUUUAAAAGAGCCUUGAAGAUGGUAAUAGGAGCUUUUUAAGUGUCCAAAAUGUCUUGAUUUGUUUUGUAGUUACUAUAAGAAACAGUUUCAUUGGGGUAUUUACUAUUGCAAAUUUCCGCAAUUUUGGACGCCAAAAAUUUUAAGAAUUGAAGAUUUAGCUUUAUUUGCUGAUUGAUGUUUAUAAAAACUUUCAGGAUACCUUAAGUAGCAUAAAAGUAACCUUUCCAUUGGAAAAAAAUCGGAAAUUUUCUAAAAAUUAAGUUUAAAAUUGUAAUUUUGCCCAUUUUUCACAAUGGGGAAUACACAUUUCUGGCCAAAAAGUUGACAUUAUUGCAGAUAUUUUAAAAAACCAAAAAGAUCCUACUACCACCUUAGGAGGUCUUUAGAAUAUUGUAUUUUUUUGCCAGAAUCUUACAGAAUAAAUCCACAAUAUGAGGAGGAAAACCUGUUACAGAUUAGUUGGUUCGGACAGUAGAUUAAAUUCUAAAAAAAUGUUCAAAAUCCAUUUAACAAAUAUUUUAAGUUUCUAAAUUACUAAGUGUUCUUACUGAUGUGUAAAGGUUGCAACACAAAUUUUUACACAGUAUCAUUGAGCUUCAAAAACACAUUUUAACCAAGGAAGAAGUAGUAUAUCAAAUAUCCUAAGAUUUUUAGAAGCUACUUUACAUAUUUUAGUGAAAAUGAAUUAAAAAGCAGGAACCUUUCUUUUUAUAGGAGAGGAUAUAUUGUUUAAUUUUUUAGUGGUUUAGAAAAUUUCUUUAUUUAGUCAGUCAAAUGUGGCACUAUAUCUGUAUUAAUCAAUGUCUGGAGGAAGAAAUUUCUCUUAAAAGCUGCCAUAUUUAUUUUAUAAUUAUGUCUCCCCCAUAGGUGGAAGACAUAUUGUUUUUGCCUUUGCCGUCCGUCUGUCUGUCCAUCCAUCCGCAUUAAGCUUGUCCGGCUUUCACAGGUAAAACUGCUGGCCGGAUUUCGACAAAACUUCACAGGAGUGAUCAAUAUAAAGCCUAGUUGUGCAUAUCUCAGGCAUGUCCUGCUUCCCUGCACAAAAUGGCCACCAGAGCUAAAAAUAGAAAAUUUUGUCCGGCUUUCACAGGUCAUACUGCUGGACAGAUUUCGACAAAACUUCACAGGAGUGAUCAGUACCAAGCCUAGUUGUGCAUAUCUCUGCACAAAAUGGCUGCCAGAGCUAAAGGUAUACAUAUGUUUUUGUGACAAAAACACCUUCUUGUUAUCUCUGGUAUUAUGAAACCAAUGAUAGGCAUUUCAAAAUUAUAUUGUUAUGAAUAACCCACAUGUCAUUUUCAUCCUGUGUUGUAUGAGAAGACUACCGAAAUAUAGGUAUGGAACUGGUGAUGACUGGUAUAAGCAAAACAGCCAGUGGCCCAAGAGAGCAUCUGAAUUUGGUCAAGCUGGUGAAUAAAUGAAAAGGUUACUGGGUGAUUUGUAUUUACAAAAAAUCAUGUAAAUGUUAUUUAUGUAUGUGUGUGCAAGCUUACAUGUACUUAUAGUUACCACUGGUAGCUGAUAUGAACAUUUGCUCCAGGAGAUUGUUAGUAAAUUUUAGUGGACGGAUAGUGCAAGAUACAGAAGAUGCUUCUCAUUCCAGAAGAUUCCCUAAUUUUUGCAAGUGCAGGGUGUAUAGCACGCACACAUGACUCUUAUCUCAAUGUUAGUUGUGUUUAGUUGGAGCGAGGGCUUAAACUCAGGAUCCCUGGUUUCGUAGUCAGACAGUGUUACCAUUGGACUACGUUACCUGCUCUAAGGUUACCUUCAUUAACAGCUUAUAAAUCUUUCUGAAACACUCUCAUUGGUCAAGGGAGCCUCACAUAUGGUUCCUUAAACACUGAUAAUGACGGAAAAAUUCAUGUAAACUUCCGUAACUGUAAAUUUAAGAGAUGAAAAGGGAUAUAACUUUGCGGGUAUAAAAUGAUACAUUUUGUAUGUAGCUUUGUUGGCCUAUCUGAACUUCAACCUAAUCUUUGAUUCACCUAAUCAACAAAUAAAGACUACAGUCAAACUUAGGUUCUCUCGAACUUGGAUAAUUCAAACACCAUCCUACACUUGAACUCAGCAUUAGGUUCCGGCAAUAUCCUUAUUGAAUGUAUAUUGUUUGAUUGCUCAAACUGCCGAUAACUUGAACAAAUAUUUACGGUCCUGUCGAGUUUGAGCAAACAAAUUUCAACUGUAAAGUUUAGAACUUUUUGUAUCCAAAAUGGACUCGUUUGAUAAUGGAAAAUGUCCUAUUAAUGUAUUUUUUUUAAGAUUAAUUAAAAACUAACCAAGACAUUUUGAAAAUUACAAAAGUUCAAGUUCUUAUUAUCACCUCAGAGAUCUUUGGUGUAUAAUAUGAAAUGAUGUUGUUCUAAUUUCAAAAGAAAUCAAGUAAAAAAGUUGUUGAAAAGGUGGAUCAAGCAGUAGGGCUAUAAUUGUACAAUAUGUAAUAUAGAGGGUUGCUCAAUGGAGAGGGGUGUAUAAGAGAAUCCAAUCAAAUAUAUAUGUGACAAAAAUUAUGUACAGUUAUUCAUAAUAUGUGCUAUUUAUUUUACCACUGUGUUCAUUAUAUUGUGCAAAUAUGUCAGAAUGUUUGUACUACAACCAUAAUUUUUUUAAAAAUGCAUUAUAAAUUGCAACAUAAAUUAUUUGGUAGAAGACUGGUCAUAAUCAUUAUUAUUUAGUAUAUUGAAAAUAUUAUAGAAAUCUUCCAACAGUUGAGGUGUAGAUUAAACAUCUGACCCAGGAGUAAGUAUUUAAACAGUAAUGAGGGUCUGUCGAAUUACCACAAAAACAUUUAAUCAAGAGCCAGAUAUUUCUAUCCACAACUACAAUCUGUGAUGGAUUCGUUUUCUUGCAUACCAUAAUAGCCUUCAAUUAAUAGAAAAAAAUAAGUGCUUUUCUUUUAAGCACUAUUUUAUUGUAGUAGCUUAUGAAUUCAAGCAUUCGUUCAUUGAUUACAGUACAAAAGCUAUCUGACACCCCAGGUGUUGGAUGUUUUUCCAGGACCAGCAAAAUUACAGGAAAGUCCUACCAGGCAUGCAAUACACUUUGAGUUCAUAGCUUUUUCAUUUCCUUAUCCUGUUUAUAUAUUUACGAUCUUUAAUGCUGAAACCAGCACAUGCAUUUAAUGUAAUACAAUGGAAUUGGAAAGAAGUAGGGAUGGCAACGAAUAUUCGAAUAUUCGUUCAUGACACGAAUAUUCGAAUACUGUUACAUUAUUCGAAUAUUCGGAAAAAAAUAAAAUCAUAAUAAAUAAAUAAAAACCAAAUGCAAGAACCAGUAUGUUCGUUUAUCUAAUUUACCAAAAUUCGUUUUCAUAGUAAAUACGCGCGAAAAUGGCUUCCGUCGCUGUCAGACGUGUCACUUUGUAUAUUACAUUAUUAGCGUGCCGAUAUUGUACAUCGCUAUGGUGAUGACAUCG